CGCCUCUGCGCCACCUCGUCCGCCCUGCCUCCGCCUGCGAUGGUUCCCGGCGCUGCCCAUCCCGCGCUGCUUGCGCUCCUGGCCCUGCUCGGGGCUCUGCUCCCAGGGCCUGGAGGUGCCCAAACGUCAGUGCAUCCUCAAAAAGCCAUCACAUCCCGAGGAGCCUCCAUAACGGUGAACUGCAGUACCUCCUGUGACCAACACACAAUGUUGGGCCUAGAGACUCAGCUGGCUAAGAGGGAAGUAGACCAUGGGAACAACUGGAAGGUUUUUGAACUGAGUGACGUGCAAAAAGACAGCUUUCCAAUAUGCUACUCGAGCUGUCUCGGUAACCAGUCAUCAGCUUUGAUGAACCUCACCGUAUACUGGUUCCCGGAACGCGUGGAGCUGGCCCCCCUGCCCCGCUGGCAGCCCGUGGGCGAGAACCUCAUCCUGCGCUGCAUGGUGUCCGGUGGGGCCCCCCGGGACCACCUCACCGUGGUGCUGCUUCGUGGGGAGGAGGAGCUGGGCCGUCAGCCAGCGGGAGACGGGGAGCCUGCCGAGGUCACAGUCACGGUGCUGGCGAGCAGAGAUGACCACGGCGCCAAUUUCUCUUGCCGCACGGAGCUGGACCUGCGGUCCCAAGGGCUGGGACUGUUCCAGAACAGCUCGGCCCCCAGGAAGCUCCGAACCUUUGUCCUACCAACGACCGACCCGCAACUUGCUAUGCACCCGGUACUGGAAGUGGGCACACAGUGCCUGGUGAGCUGCACCCUGUAUGGACUGUUCCCAGUCUCGGAGGCGGAGGUCCACCUGGCGCUGGGGGACAGGAGGCUGCAAACCACGAUCACGUACAAUGAAUACUCACUCUUGGCCAAAGCCUUGGUCGAGGGAAAGGUGGAGGAAGAAGGCGUCCAGCACUUGACGUGUGCGGUGAAUCUGGGAGGGCAGAGCCGGAGGUCUCUGGAGAACGUGACCAUCUACAGCUUCCCGGCUCCCAACCUGACCCUGAGCCAGCCCGAGGUCUCGGAAUGGACUACGGUGAACGUGGAAUGCGAGGCCCAGGCUGGAGCUGUGGUGACACUGAACGGGGCCCCAGCCAGGCCUCCGGGCCCGAGGGCCCAGUUGCAGCUGAAUGCCAGCGCCGAGGACAACGGACGCAGCUUCUUCUGCUCUGCUGCCCUGGCGGUGGCUGAGCAGGUGGUACACAAGAACCAGACCCGGGAGCUCCGUGUCCUGUAUGGCCCCCGACUGAACGAGAGGGAUUGCCUGGGAAACUGGACAUGGCAGGAAGGCUCCCAGCAGACCCUGAGGUGCCAGGCCUGGGGGAACCCAACCCCCAAGCUGAACUGUAGCCGGAAAGAGGAUGGGGCUUUGCUACCCAUUGGCGACCUGAGACCCGUCGAGCGGAAGGUGGCAGGCACCUACCAGUGUCGGGCCACCAGCACUCGCGGUGAGGUUACCCGUGAAGUUGUCAUCAAUGUGAUCUACCACCAGAAUAACAUGGCCGUCGUCAUUUCGGUGGCAUUUGUGGUCAUCUCGGGCACUGUGGGCGCAGCCGUUUACUUCUAUAACCGCCAGAGGAAGAUCCAGAAAUAUGAGCUACAGAAGGCCCGGAAGGCCCAGGAAGAGGCUGCCAUGAAACUGACCACACCAGCCACGCCGCCCUGAGCCUACCCCCUCCGGACAGGACCUCCUCAGCCCCCAAACUGUGACAAGCAGGGCUGCAUCGAACAGUGGUGGACAUAUGCCAUUCAGCUAUACCCACCUUCCCAGGGUGCCAGAGGACAGGAGAGAGGCCUCAGUCAGCAUACAGACAGCAUCUGGGGUCAUGGCCCCUGCACACUUAUAACCCCCAGGCCUCACACCUGAUGUGGAGCCACAGGACUGAGACAAAAGAAGGGGCCAAGGCUCAGGGCAUCAAUGUGAGGGAUGUCAAGGUCUGACCUGGCCGGAGGGUGUAUGAUGGAGACCCUGACCUCCAGCAUGGGGACACCCAACUGGGAAACAUUGAAAUUCACCCCCUCCUGCGUGUGCUGAGGCCUUACGGUCCUAAGAGAGAAGUGGCCCUGCACAGACACAUGCAGCACUGAAACACAAAUCCCCACACGUCCUCUGACAGAAGCCAGCACCAGCAUUGCUGUCCACAGACUGUUCCCAACUCUUGAUGAUGACCUAUUUAUUCAUUUGUUCUCUUACUAGCUAUUUAUUGAGUGCCUUUUAUGUGGGCUAGAAUGGUAAACAAGAAGAACAUUGAUUCCCGCCCUCAGGGAGCUCUCAGUCUAAUCUCAUUCAGGAUCGCCAGCUACAGUUGUACUGGUUGUGCACUGCACAAGAGUACCCGGCAAAAAGAUUAAGUGGGGCUAGAAUUUCCCACUCCACUGGUCAAGCUGCUUUCUCCCAGAAAGGGAUUAGUAACGGUGACAAGGUAUAGCUGGUGACAUGCCCAGAGAUGACCCACUGAGCCCUUACACCCCAGCACUGGCACUGACCUCUGAUAACCCACCUCUCCACCUAUACCCAUGUCUGCUAGUGCUCACAAUGACACUUGGUGGCAUGCCUAAACGUGGGUGUUCACUCCUUGAUAGCUAAACCAUGGAGUCCCAGGAAACUGUGCCCAACCCCUGUGUGUCCCUGCCUUGUCCUACCUGUUUCCAUCUCAGUGGGGCCAUGCAAGAACAGAACAGUCUGCAGGUCCAAAUUCCUGCAGCGACGAGGGUUCUGCAGGCCGUGGGGAGGAGAGGCCUGGGAGAACCCCCUCCCAACUGCGGAAGCCUCUCCCUUGUGCUAAUAAAGCUAUUUCAUCCUUCUGG